AUGAUCCCCGCCGAAAAGCUUUGUCGUCUGACUUGUUUCAGGUUCUUAAGUUAUUAUAAAGGCAUCGGGGCGGUGAUAUAUCCUGUGUUAUCGGAUUUAGACAAGCUUGAGAGCGACAUGAAGCGGUUGUUGGAUGGGCGAAAACGAGCUGGCGGUGUUUAUCGGCCGGAUGCAAAUGGCGCUGUACAACCUUUUGGAAUGAGUAUCACUUUUCUGAGCCUUUGCUUCGCAGUUCUAGCGUCUGGCUGCCAACUGUCCGACCUACCCGGACUCUCCCGCGAGAUGACUUCUUGGGUUUAUGGUGAGACACCUGAUGAUUGA